AUGGACCGACUGAUAAAGCUGCACCAUGGUGAACUGGAGACGAUGGACAUCUUUGAAGGGGGGAUGCUGGAGACGACCCCUUCUGGUCCCGGAGAUCUCUUCACCAACAUCCUCAUGGACCAGCUCAUUAGGAUCAGGGACGGCGACAGGUUCUGGUUCGAGAAUACGGAAACUGGGAUCUUCACAAGAGCCGAGAUGGACCAGAUACGACAGGUGACGCUGAGUCAGAUUAUCGUCAACACGACUGGCGUCGAGAUGAUGGAAAUCCAAGAUGACGUCUUCACUCUAAACUCAGGUGAUCCGUGUCCACAGGAGAUGCAGUUGAGAGAAAACAUCCUGGCACCCUGCCCGGAACACAUAGGUUAUGAUUUCUUUGCUGGCAGCGAGGUUCCCUAUAUCAUCAUCUGGACGUGUCUUGGACUCAUACCAAUUGGUAUGUAG